AAGUGUAUUAUGGCCACACAAGCUUCAUGAACCCACCUGUAGUCAAGGCCAGUCAUAUCAUUCUGAGACAUCCUAUUUACUCACUCUUUCUUCAUCUAUCGCCUGAGUCCAACUAACAGAGUGGAUUAUGGCAACACAGAGUUUCGUGAAUGAAAUGCAGACCGUAUCGGGUACCACUCAAGCACAGCAAGCACAGCACCAGCCUUCACAGACAACAAUCAUCGCAGCACAGCCAGCUUCCGCCCACUCUAUUCAGCCCACCUCGCAUACCAUCCAGCCAAACCAACAGUUCUUGCAGUUAGCAACAGAAGUGAUGGACACGCCUAGUUCCGGCACCACGGUGACGUUGCAGACGACCCUCUCUGGCGCACAGGUCCAGCGGGCUAACCAGCCCGCUAUUUAUCAAGGCCAAGUGCAGUACGUACAGGGGCCUGAUCACCGACACACCAAUUCCAUCUAUGCUAACGGCGCUAUGACCAACCCCUAUCCUUACAGCGAAGCCGCAACCAUGUACACGCAGGCUACCCCGGUGAGUUACUUCGGUCAGGGGUCCGUCUCGUCGGCCAACCUCCAGACGCUUGGAACGCAGAAUACCGUCACGGGAGUGAUGGGCGGGACGUUGGUCGGAGGUUCCGUCAUUGGUGGCUCGGUUCUUGGAGGCUCCCAGCUCAUUGCACAGCCAGGGAGGACGUACCUCGUGCAAGGCCACAGCAUAGAUGGUGACGGGCAUCCCAUAACACACACAACAAGGGCAUCCCCAGCUACAGCUCAACAGGUUCAAUGGCUCCUAGAUAACUACGAGACGGCGGAAGGUGUAAGUCUACCCCGUAGCACCCUGUACAAUCACUACCUGAGGCAUUGCCAGGAACACAAGUUAGAUCCAGUGAAUGCUGCAUCGUUUGGUAAACUCAUCAGAUCGGUAUUCCUGGGACUCAGAACGAGGAGAUUAGGUACAAGGGGGAAUUCAAAGUACCAUUACUAUGGAAUCCGUAUCAAGAGCACGUCCUCGUUAAAUCAGUUCCAAGAUGAUACUGGUCACACAGCCAUGAGACAACAGCCCAUCAACUCAGCAAAAAGGUUCAAGCCUUCCCCCAUGGGUGGCAAACCGGAGGACGGUAGCCCCAACGCCGGAGGGACCGGGGGCAACUCCGGUGACCAUGUGCCAUCACAAACCCAGCAGCACCAGCAGUUCUUGGGCGACUCCACGCAGGUGCUCCCGGACUUCAAGGAGCUUAUCGUGGCUACGGAUCUCUUGCCCGAUGGUUUGGAUGGAGAAGAUGUCGAUGUCUUUCAGUCUUUAUAUCGUGAACAUUGUGAGUCAAUACUUGACGUUGUAGUUAACCUACAAUUCCCGCUUAUCGAACAGCUGUGGCAUACAUUCUGGAGGUGUCCGCUGCCAGAUACAGUGUUAGAUGAAGAGCAAGAGAAGCAGCUAUCGAAAGAGAAACUCUUUGCCCUGUGUAAACUCGUACCGAUCCAGACCUACAUCAAACACUACGAUCAUAUCCUAUACCAAGGCCUAGUUGAGGUCUUAAUUCCAGAUGUCCUUAGACCUAUCCCCAGUGCCUUGACUCAAGCUAUCAGGAAUUUUGCAAAGAGCUUAGAGGGCUGGCUAAGGAAUAGCAUGUCCAACUGUCCUCCAGAAAUGCUCAGUCUAAAGGCUGGAGCGGUAACAGCCUUUGCCCAGACUCUUCGUAGGUAUACCUCCCUCAACCAUUUGGCCCAGGCUGCCAGGGCCGUCCUGCAGAACACGUCCCAGAUAAACCAGAUGCUCAGUGAUCUUAACAGGGUAGACUUUGCUAAUGUACAGGAACAAGCUUCAUGGGUAUGCCAGUGUGACGAUUCGGUAGUCCAGCAGUUGGAGCAGGACUUCAAGAGGACGUUACAGCAGCAGAACUCCCUGGAGCAGUGGGCAGCGUGGCUGAAGGGUGUGGUCACCCAGGUGCUGGAACCCCAUGAAGGCUCACCGUACUUCGCCAAGGCAGCACGUCAAUUUCUUCUCAAGUGGUCUUUCUACAGCUCAAUGGUGAUCCGUGACCUGACAUUGCGUAGUGCAGCCAGCUUUGGAUCCUUCCAUUUGAUACGGCUUCUCUAUGACGAAUACAUGUUCUAUCUUAUCGAGCACAAAGUGGCCUCGGCGACGGGAGAAACGCCUAUCGCUGUCAUGGAUAAAGUUGACAGUAGAGGGGAGAGGAUAUCAAUGAGUUCAGACAGCAUCACAGAGAACGGCGAUGGCAUCGACAUUAAGAAGAGCCCGUCAUCAACAACUGUCAAUUCUACCAUCACUCUUGCUACGGGCAGCAAUGGCAGCUCAAAAUGAAAUGUACAAAUUGUAAUCGACGUUGUUUCUGUUCUUGUGUGUAUAUAUCUACGGAAUAAUGAAAUCAUCCAUGACAAUCAUCAUUUUCUUCUGUGAGAUAUUGUGAGGAGAGUGAGCGAUGUGAGCACUUGAUUGACGUCCAGGGGAGCGUUUAUGAAGCGCACUGUCCGUAAUUUUCACCAACAAAUUUGCUCUGAGCCGAUCAGAUGAAAGGAUUUCUGUAGCUUAUAACAAAUAGCCACUUCGAUUAUAUUACAAGCAAUGGGCUUAUUUUUCUCUGUAAUAUGGUUCACAAUAGGAGUACUUUGGAGGGUUUUAGAAGAAUACUAUGCCAUAUGAGCCUGUAAGAUUCUGAGUUCCUAGGCUAAGCUUAUCUUGUUAGAAGAUUGGCCAAAGUAGUUUCUAAGUUAUUAUGACAGAUUUAGCAAGCACCAGGGUUUUGUGAAAUAUACAAAAAUAUUUUGUUAUUCUCAAAUAUUUGUUUCAUCAAUUCUAUAGGAACCAUUGUUUUGUUGGUAUAUGGCACGUCAUACACCGGGGAGCAUUUCAUUAGCAGUUUUCAUCCUGUGAGGUGUCAGCUUUGCUUGAUUCUGAUUGGCUGAGAAGCACUGUAACUAUGGAACCUGUCGGUUAAAACAUACUUUGAUGAAAUAUCUGACAAGAUUUUUCAUGAAAUGCUCCCUAGGGGAGUGUUUCACAAAGCAUCUUGACUGAUUUUCACUGACAAAUUUAUUCUGAGCCAAUCAGAUGCAAGAAUUUCAGUAGCCUAAAACAAUGGUCAAUGAAAUUUUGUUUCAUGAAAUACACCCUAGUAUGUUUAAAUCAGAGGAGAAUGUUUUAUGUGGACAAGAAAAUGUUACAAACCACCGAUGAAAUGAAACGUGUGUUGUAGAAUAGGAUUUAGCAAUUAUAUAUAGUUUUCAUCAACAUUUAAGAGAGAAAUAUUUGUAUUUUUAGAUUCGUGUAAUGAAUUCUGCUUAUUUGGAACAUGGAAAUUGACAAGUGGAAAUAUUUCAGAAUAAAGUAAGGAUAUAGGGUCAAUGAAAUGCCGAGUUUUGUAUCGCAGAUCAAAUUAAAAUUGAAUUUAGUUCGGUCGUUACUACAGAUUUCAUGAAGACAUAACCUAAUACAAUCAUGCUAGUGUGUGAUAAUAAUGACCUAAUUGCGCUGAUAGAUUGUAGAAAUAAUGUCAAAUACACAUUUGGGAUUUAGACAAAGUUACUUUGAAAUCAAUCAUUUUUUUCUUCAGUGCAAUAUCAGACCAGGGAGGGGAAUGGGUCUGAAUUGAAUGUCUGGUAUGCACAACAACAAUUUAAAGGUAGAGGCACAUUCUUUUUUGCAUCAUUAGAUUCUGUUAUGUUCACUAGGUUUGUUUAAGACUUAUUUAAUGUUAAGGUAUAAACUUUGCCUUUUUUUAAGUUAGCAAUAUUUUUCUUUGGAUACUGGUGAAAAUGUGUAACGAAAUAGCGAACUAGAAAAAUAAAAUAAUGUUAAUGAUGGCAAUGAAAUUUCUAUUCUAUGCACUGUCCAUUUUUUUUUUAAAGUCAUGUUAGCCAAAUUCUGAUACAUUAAAUUUAUUUAAAGUGUAAAAUAGAGUGUACAUGUACAUGUAGAUACGCUCUUGACAGUGAGAUAAAUUUAUGUAUAUAAAUACGGGAAAAAGCAGCAGUCCUUUUCUACUUUAAUUACCUGGUGAAAUUUUUGUUACAAUUUGUUAUUAGAUGUACAAGUAGAAUGUUUGCCUUUUUUUACGAACUAAUGUACAAGUGUGUAGUUGAGAUGGGUUGUUCUUAAUUCGUAAGUGUUUUGCUUUAGUGCAGUUUCGUAGCAUUUGUAAGAGAAGUAGUUCUUUGCCACUCUUCGCCUUCCUACAGUGUACGCUGUUAGUAUACUUGUACAGGUGCCUAAAAAUCUGAGAAUUUUUCUAGCUAUCUGUCAAAAUGUCUUUCCCAGAAUUCUGACCUGUUUAUCUACGACACUGAAGAAUUUAGUGAAUACAUGUACCUUUUUUGUUUGUAUUGUUUGAUGUUUCUUUUUGUACGUUUUGUUGUAUGACAUGUGCCGUUAACAUUCCAUUUAGAAUUUUUUCUUUAUUAAUAUCAUAUUCGCUUGCUGUAUUAUCAUGAUAUGUCUAGAUUGAAAUCUUUAAAGAAUUUUUUUUAAUAGUGUGGUUGAAAUGAUAUUGCCAUAUUGAAAUAAUUAGUAUUUCAUAUUGCUGUGUGAGUAUCUAGUUUGCAGCUAUAUAUUCAUUGUGGUUAAUUGUAUGAUUUGUGUGUCCAUGUAGUUUAUCCCUCCAGGAAUGGCUUGUUGUAAUUCCAGUUAAAGUCAUAUAAUCAUUAUUCAAGAUUAUAAAAUUCAGUAAUAUGCUUUUGUUGAUAAUAUUUAUAUCAGGCUAGAAAACAUAAUGAAUAUGAUUUUUACUGAAAAUGUAUGACUUCUCUAAUGUUUCUUCCAGAUUCCAUGUAACAAGAUGAGCUUAUACCAAUGGUAUUAACUAAUCCAUGUAUGGUCUAGACCCAGUAUUCGCACAAAUUGUGUAAUUCCCUUAACUUUUGAAGAAUGCAGUAAUUUGUAAUGAAGGGAGCAUGUUAUUUGAUUACAAUGGAAAAGAGAAAAGAUAAAUGUGUAGUUUUAGUAAUGUUACUUAGUUUUAUUCGCACCAUGGAGUGGAUUUGAAAGUUACAACUCAAGCCCUGGGAUUAGCCAUGAUUCUGUUAAGGGUUCUUUUUAGUCUUACCUUGUUGCACAUGAAAAAAAAGGCUCAGGUAUUACUACAUGUAGUUUCCAUGUUGAACAGGAUUUUAGUUGUUCAUUGUCAAAAUGCGUAUUUUUCCAUUUUGUAGAAUGUAAAAUAUUAUUUAACUUCAUAUGAUUUGCUUAAGUUAAAUGCAUAUGUAGAGAUGUUAAUGCAGUUGUUGAAUGGUUUAAAAAUAUCAAUAUUUUAGAACUGAAUAGUAAGUAAAAUUAGUUUGUUCUUGUGUAAAAGAAUGAUGAUUAAUGCAUGUUGGAUUGCUAUGUUUUUCAUGCCUAUAUCCCCGCCAAAGGGGGUUUUACAGGCUUGUCUCAUGCAUGGUUUUAUGUAAUAUUUUCCUUAAUUUGUAUAUUUAUUGUUUUGAUUUGUAACAUAUUGAAAAUGGUAAAUUCUAGACAAAUUUUUACAUCAUCUUUCCUGUAAAUCUUUGUGUACAGCGACAUAUCUGGAAUCAAAUUUUGAUUGCACUAUAUUUGUAAAGACACUAUUUUGUGAAGUUUGUUUGAUGUGCAUAUUUAUCAGAUUUUUUCUAAUUCUCUAUUGUCUUAAAUGAAAGAUGUUGAUAAAGUUUAGAUUUGAAAUGUUUUAGAAAUAUUAGAUAUUGAUUUUACAGAUAUUUGUAAUCACACACAUUUUUGUAAUGAAAAAGGAAGAAAAUAUGGCAUUAGUUCACAGCAUGUUAAAAGCCCUAUUUGCAUUCUUCACAAGUUGCAAAAUUAUCUUGAUAGUAAUAAUUUAUUCCUCGAUAAAAAUAUCUUUGCAAUGUAUAUGAUUCAUAUAAGAUUUCAUAUUUGAUGAUGUCACCAAGAAGAAAUACUUGGUCUACUGAUAACCUAACACUAAAAUAUAUCAUAUGACGUAAUUCUGUUAAGUUUUGUAUAAGUAUGAUCUGAUCUCAAAUUUGAAUGCAUAGAUUGAUUUUAAAAUGCAUUUUUGCAAGAUCUUAUGGAUAGUAAAAAUAAGGUAGCAAAUUUUAUUUGUUUGCCUUACUUAUGUGAAUUCUUAAAUGAAAAGAGAAAGAUUUGAGGAUAUUUUGGAAAACCUAUUUCAGUUGACCUCUUUAUGAUAAUUUGUAUGUUUCGGACAAAAUCACAUGUUUUGCAUAUUUCUCAUUUCAAAUACUAGUAUACUAGCAAAAGUUUUUCCCAACAUGGAAAUUAAUUCAAGGUUGGAAGAAUAAAAAAAAUCUUUCUUUUACUCAGGCUUUUUGGAAUUUUUCAUGAGAGGAAACACUUGAUGUGUCCAUGCUAAAUUUUUUAUUUACUAUCCAUUUCAUUUAUCAGAUUUUCGUGAUACAAAAUAAUAUAAUACAUGGAUUUUAUAUUGAUGUAUUUGCAUUUUAUAUUUUCUCUCUUAAGAUUAAAUUGUUCACACUCCCAUUGGCCAUUUUGAAAGUAAAAUCACCAAUUCAGGUCGAAAUGUGAAGGCGUCCCUGUUGACCCCAUUUAUCCCAAAAUGUUUUUUUUAAUGUAUAUAUUAUUUUCCUUUUUAAGAUAUAUGCAUUGCGUUUGUGUUUGAUAUGUGCAGUGAUCCAAUUUACACAAAAUCACUGUAUUUCUGAGAAAUAAAACAACACAAGCUCUAA